UGUGUUGGCAAGCACCCACUGUAGAUAAAGGCUAUAACACAGGUGACCCUUCUGUGGAGAGCAAACAUGCUGAGAGCAAUGUAGCCAAAAGUAAUGAUUGAUGAAUUGAAGUACCCCAGAUGUUUGAAACCAGUACAUGAUGUUGUUGGUGAUCCAAUGUUAAUCAUCUUGUCUGAUGGUUCAGAAAACGCAUAUGGAUGUGCAGCCUACAUUAGGUGGACUUUGAAAGAAAUUCCCACUGUCUUUACACAAGUUGCAGAUUUGCUUAAUGAAAGACCAAUAGGAGUGAUGCCCAGUGUUGAUUCUACUCUCAAUAUCCUUACUCCCAAUUCUCUACUUCUUGGUAGAUCUACUUCUAGAAAUCCUGGAGGUUAUGAUCCUUCCUUGAGAUCCCGUCUCACUUUAGUAGAAGGCUGUGUAAAACAGUUCUGGGAGCAAUGGAAGAAUCUCUUUGCACACACUCUUGUCCAUCAAACGAAGUGGUUUAAAGGGAAUCGAGACUUGAAAGUGGGAGAUGUUGUUAUAGUACCUGAUAGCAAUGUUCUCAAGGGAGAAUAUCGUCUUGCAAAGGUUACUGAAGUUUUCCCUGGCACUGAUGGUCUUGUAAGAAGGGUGAAAGUGUCUUAUAAAAAUUAUAGAAUGGGAGAAAAAGUUCAUGAGUACAAGGGUGCUAAGAAUAUUGAGGUAGAGAGAUCUGUUAGAAGAUAGGGUUUAUUAAUUCCUAUUGAGGAUAUGUAAUUGCUCUCAAAUACUAAUGCAACAUUGUAUAUAUAUUAUAUUAGUACACAAGUUAUUAAUGAUAUUAUAUGAUUAUUUCUUUAUUAGUUCUAGUUUAGUUACAGUAUAUGAAUAUAUUUCAUUAGUUAAAAUUUUGUGUGACAUUUAAACUUUAAGUUUAAUAAUUAGUGUCACAGAGAUAAAAAUAUAUAAUGUAUCUCUGCGAGGAGAACCUCCCGAUGUUCUGGGAUCAACAAAA